AUGCCUCAGUCGGUCACCAAGUCGUCCGUGGUGUCAUUUGGCCAGACCGUGAUAGAAGCUAUCGCGGACGAGAGCUUUACCGGCACUAGUUCUACAGACAUAGCUAAGGGGAUUUGGUUGAACUCGUCUUCCACUCAUACCAUACAGCAAAAGCCCAUAAAAGAGAUGGCACGAAUUUUUGCUCCAGAAGUCAAGCAACAAUUCCAUUCAGUAUUGUUAGGAGGUGAACUCAUGAAAAACGGCGAUGACCGACUUUGGCCGACAUCAACCAAAGUGGUCAAUACUUACGGUCCCGCAGAAUGUACAUGUGUUUGUGCUUUCGAGGUGAGAGACCAGAGAUCAAGUAAAAGCAUCAGUUUUGGUUACGGCGUUGGAGCCGCGAUAUGGGUUGUGGAUACUAACAAUUCAAACCAACUAACUCCUAUUGGAGCUGUCGGAGAGUUAUAUGUCGAGGGCCCUAUCGUGGGCGAAGGCUACUUAAACGAUAAGAAGAAAACCGCUGCAACAUUUAUCGAAAAUCCAUCAUGGCUUAUACAAGGUGGUGCUGGAUAUCAAGGUCGUCAGGGCCGUUUAUAUAAAACGGGCGACUUGGUGCGAUAUCAUGAGGACGGAAGUCUAACUUACGUCGCAAGAAAAGAUACACAAGUAAAGAUUCGAGGCCAACGCGUGGAACUUGGAGAGGUCGAGAGCCAUGCACAGGCCUGCAUACCGGACGCUAAACAAGUGGUAGCUGAAGUUAUCGUACCCGAUGGUGACAAUGCUGAACCGAUAUUGGUUGCGUUUGUCGUAAGCAACAAUAACAGAAGCGAACCGAAAGCUUCCAAGCACCCAACCGAUAUUGGCAAUAUCAAAAUUUCUAUACCAUCGGCGACCAUAGAAGAAGCCUUGACAAAGCGAUUACCAUCGUAUAUGGUGCCCACGCUCUUGAUUUCUAUUGAUGAUAUCCCACUCAAUAGCUCAGGCAAAACAGACAGGAAGAAACUACGGGAAAUUGGUGCAGGUUUUAAAACACAACAACUCGUCGAGAUAGGAGGCAGUUCGACUGAAAAGCGAUCUCCUUCAACAAAUAAAGAGCGCAUAUUACAGCAGAUCUGGGCACAACUCUUCAACCUAGACCCGAUGCUCAUCUAUGCCAAUGAUCAUUUCUUUCGUCUCGGUGGGAAUUCCAUCACGGCAAUGAAGCUCGUGGUUAUGGCUCGCAAUGAGGGCUUCAAUAUUGCUGUCCCUAGUAUUUUUCGCAACCCUAGGUUAUCCUCUCUUGCAAGCCAAAUGACCACGGCACAAAGCGGAUUGGCCAACGGCGCCGUCAAUGGGGACAUAUCCCCCUUUUCCAUCCUCGCGCAACAAUAUGAGCUCGGAGAAUUACGCGAGGAGGCAGGGGCUGCUUGUGAAGUUGAUCCAGUGAAUAUCAUGGACGCCUAUCCGUGCACGCCUCUACAAGAGGGUCUUCUUGCAAUGACAUCGCUAUCACCCAACGCCUAUAUUCGACGCAAUAUCCAAGAGCUGGCUAUUGGUGUCGACCUAAGCCGCUUUCGUGACGCAUGGACCGAAGCUGUUCGACGACUGGCGAUUCUACGUACCCGUAUUAUCCAGCAUAGCCAAUAUGGUUUGCUUCAAGUUGUUGUAAACGAGAAUAUUACAUGGACAAACGCGUGUGACCUUCAGGAGUACUUAGAAGAGGAUUCUAAGACAACAAUCUCCUUAGGGCAACGACUAGCUCGUUAUGCAUUAGUAUCUGAUUCUACAUCGAGUCGAACAUGGUUUGUGUGGACGAUACACCAUACGAUAUACGAUGGCCACUUCCUGGGAAAUUUGAACACCCUUAUUACGCAUCUCUAUCAGUCAUUUUCUACUGAUGCCCAGCCAAGCUUAUUAGACUUCAAGUUAUUUGUCAAGUACAUGGCCACAAUUGACUCCAAUGAGACCAUGGCUUAUUGGCGGGAUGCCUUAGCUGGGUAUGAGGCAGAGCCAUUCCCCCCCGCUCCGCCAAAAAUGUCACAAGCGAACGACAUGGAAACAAAGUACGAUAUUCUAGAAUAUAGAUGCACUCUGGACAGAAUCAUCGGCCGUGAGGUUACAUUGACGAGUUACAUACGUGCAGCCUGGGCACUUACUGUCGCUGCCGCCAGCGGGACGGACGACGUCGUCUUUGGUGCCGUAAUUUCCGGUCGGCAUGCAGAUAUUGUUGGCGUUGAUUCCAUCGCAGGCCCAACAAUUGCGAGCGUACCUGUCAGGAUCAAGGUAGCCCCUACGCAAAGAGUGGAAGAAUUUUUACAAACGGUCCAGCAGCAGUCUACAGAUAUGAUUGCCUAUGAACAAGCAGGUCUCCAAUAUAUUCAAAAGGCCAGCCCAGAUGCGUGGCGAGCUUGCCACUUCCAGACCCUCCUUCUUACUCAGCCUCCGGAUAAUCCUGCAACGACAGACGAAGACGGGAUAGGUACAUGGGAAACCGGCAAUGGAAAUGAUAGCCAUAACUUCACAAGCUAUACACUGACCUUGAACGGUUUCCAGGACACGGAUGGAGGGGUAGCGAUGAUGGCGAGUUUCAACACACAGUAUUUGAGCGGACACUUGAUGGGGUUUCUCCUUGAACGGUUUGCAGCAUGCCUUCGUCAGCUCAUUGGGGCUGACGUGUCGCAUAAGUUGAGCGAAAUCGACGCUCUGUCCGCAUCUGAUUAUGACCAGAUCUGGUCCUGGAAUGCAAACGUUCCAGACCCUGUUGACAGAACGGUGCACUCAUUCAUCGAGCAACAGGUUGCAGAUCGACCAAAUGCAGUAGCUGUUCAUGCAUGGGACGGGGAUUUCACCUAUAGAGAGCUGGAUUCGUUUGCCAACAGCUUGGCGACACGGUUGAUAUCACUCGGGGUGAGUACCGACACUAUCGUCCCGCUUUGCUUUGAGAAGUCACGAUGGACAGCUGUAUCGGUACUAGCAGUGCUGAAGGCUGGCGGUGCUUUCACACUAUUAGACCCAUCGCAACCGUUGAGCCGUCUGCGCGGUAGCUUUAGCCCGGCUGCCUUUACUCUUAAGUUGCGUAAGAUGCGACUUGCGAACAGGGCUCCUACUGACACCUGUCUGGGAAAGCAGGACAAUAUUCCUGGCACCCUUUUGGACAAUCCACUUGGCAACGUGGCGACCCAAGCCUCCGGAACCACCCACAACGAGAUAAGUCCGAUCAUCUCGGAAGGUUUUCCCCAACUGCACCGGUCGGAUCUUGCCAAUAGACACAAACUGGAAGACUUCUUAUAA